UAGUCGAGUAGCCUAAGCACGCCACAUCGCUCAUCCGCUUCUGGAGGUUUGUUGAUUAACGUGAUGCUGCUUCACGAAGAAAGCUAUCAUGGCUGAAUGAUUGCUAUCUCCAGCAACAACCACUCGAGCCGGAUCCCUGACACCUUAUCUCUCGUUGAGAUACGCGGGGACUUGAGCAAGUCUCGGCACUGCGAUAUCAUUCUUGGUAUUUCGUAAAACAUGCAACAUCUUAGAAUGUACUGCGUGCUUGGCUAGAUAACACCAACACUCAUGCCCCGUCUGUGCAAUCCCCAUCUCUGUGGCAUGGGGCUCAUCCCAGUAAUGCAUGUUACUCUGUCGUGUGUGGCGGCUUGGCUUGGGGAGAAUGUACAACAUGUUAUGGGUUGGAAUAGUGCCUCGACUUCUUGGCUCUCUUGGCUCUUCUUUCGAACGACUCGUCCGCUUGCACUUUCUCUUGGCAUCGUCGCCUCCUCGGGCAAAUCCCAACUCUCAAUCAACCAGUACUCCUUGGUCUUCUCCACAAUGUCUGCCAACAAGUGACUCUGAGUCGGCUUACCCGAGCCACCAGGUUAUCAAGACCAAGGAGUUGAUACUUGUUGUCUUGGCGAUGGAGAAAGAAUUUCGUAAUGCUCACCUUCUCUUCUUAGCCAGGCCAAGCUUGAGUGUUUCUUUCGAUGUGUCGCAUCUUUGCUGGUUUCGGCACGCGAUUCUCUGGGCACUUCAUCCAUGCCCUGGUGUCACUCUCUUGACAGAAUUUCUUGAUGCUCCAUAACACCUGCUCCCAUGUAGCCAGCUUGGCUUGGCGAUAGGGAGUGCCAUGAGGUAUAAAAGCUGAGGUGUGCUCUUGACGUUUGACUAGGAGUUGCAGUGCCAGUCCUCGUCUCCAUUCCGUCUCUUGCCAAAGCUACUUCACGGUCCUCUCUUGUCUUUAGUCCUUGAAACUCAAGCCAAGCUUGCUGUUCCUACAAUGGCCACCAAGGAUGAGUUCAAGGAUGUCCCCGAGGCACACCCAGUACAGGUGCCUACCAACUCCAGCAGCGACAUUCCUCACGACCAUGCCGAGGAGGAGGUUGUGAAGAAGCCGUGGUGGCAUGGUUUCAAAGAACCCGGCUCAGCUCUUCAAAUCAUCGUAGCCGCCCUGCUCGCUAUCGCCAUCGGUGUGGCCGUCGCUACUCAGGUCGACGAUAUUCCGGAAGCUGCUCCAAUCCUUGUCGGUGUUAUUGGCAACAUGUGGCUAAGAGCCCUUAAAGCAGUCGGUAAGUUCCCUGUUGACAUGAAGCCAGAAACAGCUUCUUCGACCAAGAGUUGGCCGCUGACCAGUUGCAGUCCUCCCCUUGAUCGUCUGCUCUAUGUUGCUCGCUGUAACCAGACUCCGAGAGAUGAGCCAAGGAGGUUCUCUUCUCGCUAAAUGGACUGUCGGAUACUACGUCAUCACCACUCUCGUAUCCAUCACACUGUCUUGUAUCAUGAUGGGCCUCGUCUGGACCAAACAGUACUCAGUGGUCAGCACUAGCCCGCUUGAUAAAAAAGAACAGGAUAAACUAGAAGAAAAUGAUCGCAGCAUCCCCGUGGUCGUACAGGAUAUGUUCUUCUCUUUGAUCCCCUCGAAUGUGGUCAAGGCGUUGGCCGAAGACCAAUUGCUUGCAGUCAUCAUCACUGCCAUCAUCGUCGGAUACCUCAUUGAAUCCCCUCGCUCGCCCAUCAUUCGCGUCACCGAGGAGAUUGAACGUAUGAUCACCAAGAUCAUCAAAUUCCUUAUCGCGGUGGCCCCUAUCGGUGUCUUCUUCCUGAUUUUGCCCAACCUAAUGAAGCUUGACAUUGGCGAGAUCGGCAAGAAUCUGGGUCUUCUCAUCGGUGCCACUCUGUCCACCAUGCUCAUCCACAUCCUGAUCAUCGUGCCCAUCAUAUUCUUCGCCUUCACCAGGAUGAAUGCCUACUCGUACUGGAUCAAAAUCUCUCCUGCCUGGAUCACUGCAUGGGGAACUGCUUCGUCUGCUGCCACUUUGUCGGUCACUCUUCGAUGCGCCAAGGACCGGGGUAUUCCUUCCACCGUCUAUAAAUUCACUUGUCCUCUGGGCUGUCUGAUUAACAUGGACGGCACCGCCAUCUAUCUUCCUGCCGCCGUUGUCUUCAUGGCUGCGACGCAAGGCACGACCCUGGGCCCUACCGACUAUGUCAUUGUUGCACUGCUGUCAACGUUGGCCUCUAUCGGUGUAUCUCCCAUUCCCUCGGCCUCGCUUGUUCUUUCAAUCAUGAUUGCUCGCUCCGUCAAUGUCGACCUCACCAACAUGUAUGCUGUCAUCGUGGCUAUUGAUUGGUUCCUCGACCGCUUCCGUACCGCUGUCAACGUUUCCGGUGAUUUGUUCGCAUCUAUGAUCAUCUACAAGAUGACCAAGAUCGAGGAUCCGCCUGAGGUUGUCGAGCAAAACGCCCGAGAGGCUGAUCAAAGCGAGAAGGAUGCUUCCAAUAAGGUUUAGGAAUGAGCCAUGGUUGAAGUUUUUAUAGCCGGCGUUGUAGCGUUGAAAUUUUUGAAGCUCGUUCGUUGAGCAACGUAAGGUAGUUGAGAUAAAGAAUUGAUCAAGGCCUUUGAAUUCAGUGACUCGUUGGACGCCGAUGUGUGAGUAAUAAAUGUGAUGACUCAGGCCAAGAACGUCUUGACAGGGAAAGUGCCGAUGAGCAAAAAGCUUAGCCUUUGUAAGCAGGUCAACAGAGACCUUUUGUUCUUGGCUUCCAGGGCACAGGUAACUCCUUUGGCCUUGC